GACUGCCAAGGCAGCGAAGAAGCCGAGGUUAGGCGCAAGUGAUAACUUUGCGCUAUCCAACGAUGAUAAUAUUUCCAAUUGUUGUUUUUCUGGUACAAUCAUCAUGGGGGUUUUUGGAGGAUGCCUAUUAUCCCAUGGACACACCAGAUAGCUAUGUAUAUAAUGAAGAUUCAUUAGACAAUGACGUGCUACACCCUUUGCAACGAAGAAAUAGUAAUAAUAAUUUUCUAAGAUUCGGACGUGGGGAAAACAGACUUGAUCAAGAAUAUGAAGAUUAUGAUGAUUUGGCUAGACCGACUAGAUCGGGAAAAGAAGAUAAAAAUGAAUUGUUUUUAAGAUUUGGUAGAAACAAACAAAACUUUUUAAGAUUCGGUAGAGACCCAUCGAAUUCCAACACAAACAACUACCCCAGGAUCCCAAGAGACCGCUUCCUGCGUUACGGAAGGAGCACCGAGGAGGAGAAGAAACGAAGCAAGCGCGACACUUCCGGUGCAGGUGAACCGGAAGAAUACAAGAGAGCGGGAACCGGUAACUUCAUACGAUUCGGCCGCGAUCCGUUGAGUUUUCUGGCCUCACCCACCGCAGAGACGGACAACUCGCGCGUUGAAAUUCAGGAUCUAAUGGACAAGUUGAAGCUGAUCCACAACUCGCCCCUGAUUCGCUUGCUGUCCGAAUUGGCCGUAACACGACAAGAAAACAAAAAAUGCAGCUCGUAAUUGUAUUUUUACGAAUAGAUGCUAAAUUGUAUUAUUUUUCGAAAAUCGGAAAUAUAACUGUGGCUGGUCAUGUUUCAGUAUUAACUAUUACGUUGAUCUCUAUUUUGUAUAAUGUCUAAGGAUAUUUGUUGUAAAUAAUAUGAAUCUAUUAUAAAUAAAUGUAUCUUUAAAGCAUUGAAAUAAAUACUUUUUUAUUAAACUUACUCG